AUGGCAACCAACGGCCCCUCCACCCUCCCCCCAACAACAGUGCAAAGCACCACAACAAUCAGCCAGUCAGCCGCGCACGAUUUCCUAGCAGCUUACCUGGACCGCGCAGCCACAGACCCAUCACUGCAACCGAACGCUAGCAUCAGCGAGCACGGCCCCGUCUCGCGCACGACAGCCGCAGCACCAAACCUGAUCCUGCACAACCUGAAGCGCGUGCAAGCAGGUCUAUCUGGCGAACACCUGGGUCGCGAUUUGACUGUUGCCAAGCAGAACCCCGGCGAGGAAUAUCUGGAUAUUGCGGCUGGUGUUGUGCCGAACACCCAGGAGCAGGAGCAGGAUGAGGGCAAUGAUCUUGAGAUGAACGAUGCCCAGUUUGAAACUGAGGCUGAGGCAUUUGCGGAACAGGAGGCUGGGAUUGAUAAGGAGGAGCGCAAGAGGAAGAAGAAGGAGAGACGGAUGGCUGAGAAGAAGAAUAAGGCUAAGGCUAAGGCUAAUGUUGAGGUUGAGGUCGAGGAGGAUUCUGAGUGA